AUGGGUUUGCAGCUGAUCUACGUCCUCGCUGCUGUGCCCUUGGCUGUCUCGCUCACCUCGAGCGCUAUAUGCGCUGUCGCCUCCCGAUCAUCCGCUAUCAGGCUCGCCGCCUCGGGGCCUGACCAUCUCACCGCCUCCCCUUCGGCUCUUGAAGGCUCCUCGGUCUUCAACCACACCCACCUCAAACGCCACACAACCGCCGAUAACAACGACACCACCAGUGACGUCCAGCCAAAGGCCAACGAGAUCAAAAUCCGAUCCGUCCUUCUUUUCCUUCUCUCGCUCAUCCCUACUGCCUUUGUCAUUGUCUCCUUGGUCUUGGCCCUCUUGCCAGGCUCGGACGAUCGCACUCUCUUCCAACGGCUCUACGCACCCCUUAUCAACCUUGCAGGAUGGCUCUAUGCUCUCGUCCUCUUGCUCGCCAUGAUGACCCACCGUAUCCGCUUCAUCAAUGCGAUCCAGCCUCUGCAGUGGUUCUACACAACCACUGUUGGUGUCCUUCUGUAUCAGUUCUGGGUCCGCCUUGAUUUUAUCCUCAAAGGACCUUCCUCGUACACGUCCGACAUGUGGAUCUUCUUUGCUCUCUCCUCCGUUGCAUUUGUCUUGUGCGGCAUUGCCUUGACCAUGCCCUCCGAGCUCGACUUUGACUUUGUCCAUCGCUUUGGAUAUGGGUAUUCAUCUGCCAAGCACGAAAUGGGAACAGAGUCUUAUGCUUCGUACUUGUCGUGGCUCUUCUUCUCCUGGUUCAACACCGUCAUCGAGGUUGGCACCACAAAGACUCUCGACCAAACCGAUCUGCCAGAGUUGUUGCCCCAAUUGCGUGCUAGAACCAUUUGGUCCCAAUUCCAGGUCUUCCAUAAUGCAAGAGCGUCCAUGUCCCUCCUUAGACGCAUCCUCGUGUUUAAUAUCGCCAGUUUGCUCUGGCAAAUGACCUUUGUCAUCAUCUCGACCUUCCUCGACUUUUCCGUCCCCUACUUCCUCAAGCUGUUCCUCUCCUACAUCAAUGACCCUACCGUCCCUCCCAAGGUCGCCUACCUUUAUGUUGUCCUCAUCUUUGUUGCUCAAGUCUCGCGCUCUCUCGUCCAGUCGCAAAUGUUUUACAUGGGUCGUAAGAUCAACGUCUCCCUCAUGGCACUCUUGAACGCAGAGAUUUACGCAAAGACUCUGACCCGCCGCGACAUGAGUGGAUUAGUCGACAAAAAAAAGAAGGGCGUCAUAGCUGGAAAGGACAAGGACGAAAAGAAGGAUAAUGCUCCCGCCAGUGCAGGAAAAGUCGUCAACCUCAUGUCGACUGAUACCGUCCGCGUCUCUGGAGUGGUCAACUUCUGGCACAUUGGAGUCUCUUCGCCCAUCGGUAUCGCCCUCGGAACUUAUUUGCUCUACGACCUCAUCGGAUGGAGUUCGAUCGUCGGAAUGUCCAUUUUGAUUAUCACCAUCCCUGUCAACAAGGCCGUCAGGAAGCGCUAUGCCAAGGGUCAACGUGAGCUCUCGAGUGCUCGCGAUGAGCGUGUCACCUUGAUGGGCGAGUUGAUCGCUGGGAUCCGUAUGAUCAAGUUCUUUGCUUGGGAGCUGUCCUUCAGUGAGAAGGUCUUGAAGGCCAGAGAAUUCGAGCUCAAGAAGUUGGUCAAUGUCUACAAGAACACGAUUCUCUUCCAGGUCGUUUGGUUCUCUUCGCCUCUUCUUGUCACCAUUUGCAGUUUCUUCUGCUACGCCAAGAUCCAAAAGGGCGAGUUCACCCCUGCUGUUGCCUUCACCGCCAUGGUUCUCUUCACUCGUCUGAAGGCUCCUUUGAACGGCCUGCCUGCCGUCUACAUGGCCCUCACCAACGCCAGCGUCAGUUUGAACCGUAUUGCUGAGUACUUGGAGGAACCCAACAUCAAGAACGUUUUUGAGAACAGACGCAAGUCCAACAACGCACCCGAGAUCGGCAUGAAGGACAUGAGCUCCCAGUGGUGGACCACCGAUAGCGCCAAGACGACCAACGAGGAAAACGCAACUCAAGUUCGCACAGAGGACGUUGAUCAGUUCAUUCUCCGAAACAUCAACGUUUCCUUCCCUGUUGGAGAGCUUUCGAUUGUCUGUGGACCCACCGGAAGUGGAAAGACGUCGCUCUUGAUGGCCAUGCUCGGAGAAAUGGACGUUUUGACUGGUAACAUCUAUCUGCCUAGGAGACCCCUCGAUGGUGGCAAGGAUUUCGACCCCGCCACUGGACUUAUCAACGACGGUGUCGCCUUUGUCUCCCAGCAGGCCUGGCUCCAGAACGCUUCGAUCCGCGACAACAUUCUUUUCGGAAGCCCGUACGAGGAGGAUCGCUACAACGAGGUCAUUGAGGUCUGCGCUUUGAAGAGGGAUCUAGAGAUUCUGGAGGACGGCGAUCAGACCGAGAUUGGAGAGAAGGGAAUCACUUUGUCUGGCGGUCAGAAGCAGCGCGUCUCUCUGGCCCGUGCCAUCUACUCUCGAUCCCGCCAUGUGCUCUUGGACGACUGCCUCUCUGCUGUCGAUGCCCACACUGCCGAGCACAUCUAUGGAAAGUGCCUUAUCGGACCCAUCAUGAAGAACCGUACCUGCAUCCUUGUCACCCACCACGUUCGCCUCUGUAUCCCAACUGCCAAGCUAGUUGUUUUGAUGCGCAACGGCGAAAUUACGCUCCAGGGAACUGUUCAACAGCUUCGUGAGCAAGGAAAUCUUUCCCAGGUUAUGGAAGAGGAUGACGAGGAGCAGACCACCGACUCGGACGCUGACACUGUUGGCGAUAACGAUGUCGGAUCUUCAUCUACUAUUGCGAAGCCCCCCAAGCUGCGCAGGAAGUCGACCGCAAAGGAUCUCAAUGCUGCCAAUGCUCCCGCCGAACCUGCCAAGGACGCCAAGAAGUUGGUUCUGGAGGAGACUCGUCAGGAGGGCCGUGUGAAGUGGUCGAUUUACCAAGUUUACGUCAACGCCGUCGGUGGCAUCCCCUUCUGGCUCCUCUUGUUGGCUGUCUUUGCUAUGACCCGUACCGUUGAGGUCUCCGAGUCGCUCUGGGUCCGUGAGUGGGCUAACUCCUACGCUCCCGAUACUGAUCUGACCAAGUUCAUGUUCACCGAGAUGUAUGCCCUUGCCGGAUUCUCGACAUCGACCCCCGCCUCUGCCCCAGUCUACGCCGAAACCCGUAUUUUCCAGACGCAGCCAGUCUAUUACAACAACCCUAUUGUCCCAGCUGAUAACACCACCUUCACCACAAUGGAUCAGGAUGCCGAUGAUAUCUUGGGCAAGCCUGAGAAGCACGGCACCAACUACUAUCUUGCUAUUUAUGCCCUCAUCUCUGUCAGUGCCAGUUUGGCUCAUAUCCUCCAGACCAUCGUCCUCUACUUUGGUUCCCUUCGUGCCGCCAGGUUGCUCUACAAGAAGCUCCUCAUGGCCGUCGUCCGUGCCCCUCUCAGAUUCUUCGACACCACCCCCGUCGGUCGUAUCAUGAAUCGUUUCUCGAACGAUUUCGAGACGGUCGACAGCUCGAUUGCCAACAACUUUUCGCAGCUUUUGUCGCUCAUAAUCUCUGUCAGCUCCAUUAUCAUCGUCCUUGCCUACAUCACACCCGCCUUCGUGUUUGUCGCAGCCGUCAUCUCGGUCGCCUACUUGGCUAUCGGAAAGAAGUACAUCAGCACUUCUCGCGAAUUGAAGCGUCUCCACUCUGUGUCCCGCUCCCCCAUCUACUCCAUGUUUGGCGAGUCCUUGGCUGGUUUGUCGACCAUCCGUGCCUUCAGUGAGCAGAGCCGAUUCAUGAGCGACCUCUUGGUCAAGAUUGACGAUAGCAACCGUCCCUUCUACUUCCUGUGGAUUGCCAACCGCUGGUUGUCUGUGCGUUCCGAUUCGAUAGGUGCCAUUGUCGCACUGUCCUCUGGCGUGUUUAUUCUCAUGCAGCCCGCUGGAAUCGAUGCCGGAACAGCUGGUUUGGCUUUGACCUAUGCCCUUGAGUUUGUCGCCCUCGUCAACUUUUUGGUCCGCGAGUACACCCAGAUCGAGAUGGAGCUUAAUGCCAUUGAGCGUAUCACUGAGUACACUGUCAUGGCCCAGGAGCCCCCAGCCAUCGUCGAAGGCCGUCGUCCCCCAGCUGCCUGGCCAAUUGAGGGUGCCAUUGAGGUCAAGGACCUGGAGCUCAAGUAUGCCCCUGAUCUUGAGACCGUCUUGAGAGGCAUCUCUUUCAAGGUUGAAUCUCGCCAGAAGAUUGGAGUUGUUGGAAGAACUGGAUCAGGAAAGAGUACUUUGGCGCUGUCAUUGUUCCGCUUUGUGGAGCCAGUUGCUGGAAGCAUUCACAUCGAUGGAAUCAACAUUGGUGACAUUGGACUGGAUGACCUCCGUUCUCGCUUGACUAUUAUUCCUCAGGACCCCAUGCUGUUCACCGGCACUAUUCGCUCAAACUUGGACCCCUUCAACAACCACGUUGACAAUGAGCUUUGGGAGGCCCUGCAGCGUGUCCACCUGGUCAGCUCUGGUCAGGAUUCAUUGGCCAACAGCGACAACGAAGGUGAAGAUAGCACUGGAUCAUCGACCACCGGACCUGUUACAGCCGCCAGCAAGACCAACGUUUCCUUCUCGAGUCUCGACAACCCUGUCAGUGAGGGAGGAUCCAACUUUUCGCAGGGCCAGCGUCAGCUCCUGUGCAUGGCUCGUGCGUUGUUGAGGAACUCCAAGAUUAUUGUGAUGGACGAGGCGACGGCGUCGGUUGAUUUUGCGACUGACAAGGCGAUCCAGUCUGCGAUCCACCGCGAGUUUGAGAACUCGACGGUUGUGUGCAUUGCUCAUCGGUUGAACACUAUUAUUCUGUACGACAAGGUGUUGGUGUUGGACCAUGGCAAGGUGUUGGAGUUUGAUACCCCAGCCAACUUGCUGGACGACAGUAAGGGCCACAAGACGCACUUUAGAGAGAUGUGCGAGCGGUCGGGCGAGUUGGAUGUCCUUCUUGACAUGAUCAAGAACCAAUCGCGUUCCGCUUAG